AUGAACGCAGAUGUGCAGCAGGGUGGAGCUGCUGGAAAGAGAGCUGUGUGGAAUACCAUUUCUUUCCUGUCUCCCCAGGAUGAUCUGUCCCGCUCCGGCCUGCCCCCUUGUGAUGCUGCGGUGAACUUGGCUGGUGAGAAUGUUCUCAACCCCCUUCGCAGGUGGGAUGAUGCCUUCCGCAGGGUUGUGGUUGCCAGCCGGGUGGAGACCACCAAGACCUUGGCCGGGGCCAUCGCUGAGGCCGAAAGGCUGCCCCGCUCCUGUGUCCUCGUCACCGGCGUGGGGUAUUACCGCCCAAGCCCCAUGGCUGAGUACACCGAGGAGAGUCCCGGCGGUGACUUCGACUUCUUCUCACGCCUGGUGAGCGCCUGGGAGGCAGCAGCUAAAAUUCCCGGGGACAGCGCGCGCCAGGCUGUGGUGAGAUCCGGUGUGGUGCUGGGGAAGGGUGGAGGUGCCAUCUCGCAGAUGCUCUGGCCGUUCCGGCUGGGCUUGGGGGGCCCCGUGGGCUCUGGCCUCCAGCCCUUCCCAUGGAUCCACAUCCGGGACUUGGCCGGUGUCGUGUGCCACGCCCUGGAGACGGAGGGUGUGCGUGGGGUUCUCAAUGGGGUCUCCCCGGCCUCGUCUGGCACCUCCAACGCCGACUUCGCCCGGGAGCUGGGCUCGGCCCUGGGGCGCCCGGCCCUGCUGCCCCUGCCCAGCUGGGCAGUGCGGGGUGUCUUCGGGGCUGAGCGGGCCGUCAUGCUGCUGGAGGGCCAGCGAGUGGCGCCGAAACGCACCCUGGAGAGUGGCUACUGCUUUGUGUACCCUGACCUGCCCUCUGCCCUGCAGGACAUCGUGUCCUGAGCGGCUGAGGGGGGGCUGAUCCCAGUGCCCCAGGGAUGCCCCUGUUCUGGGGGGAUCAGCCCCUAGAGACCCCUUAUCUCUGGCUCCCACAGCCCAGCUCUGAGCCUCCUGGCUGUCUUAGCCUGAACUUUGUGGGGUCCCUCAUGAGCCCUUCCCAGUGUCCCCCCCCAAUACUCCCCAGCCUCUUGCUGGGACUCACCCUGUUCUUAGCCUCCUCAGCCCCCUUCUCUGAGUGGGAAUGCUCCCUUUUGAGCCCCUCCAGAAAUCCUCCCUCCCAGUCCUUCUCGGGGGGGAGGGUGCCCUACUGUGACCCCUCCUGCCCCACCGCCAUCCGUGCUGCGCUGACAGUGCAUUCAGGCUGUUUCCAAGCUCCUGGCACUUUAUGGAGCUGGGGUUCUGCAGCAAAGGCUGCUGGGAAUUGUAGUUUUUGGUACCCAACCCUGUAUACAGCCUUGUCCAGUUUGCAAUAAACGGCUGGUGGGUCAA